AGAAAAAAGAAAAGUGAGCGUCGCUCCUCCAGCUCCACCCACCAGAAGGAAGGGUGAAGACCUGACCCCAUAUCCCCUCCGAAAUCUGAAUCCCAUUUCCCCAUAAAUCAAAUCAAAACAAAACCCCCAAAUUUAUUUCUUCACUAAUUACAAUUAUCUUCUUCUCCAGUCCACCGAUUUAAUCUGAAAUCCGAUGGCAGACCCGCCGGAGGAAUCAUCACCCGUCGCCGGCGAAGUUUUCAGGCUUGUUGAGCAAGCCAAGGAGUUGCAGGAUACGGCGUCGUCUCUGAUCUCUCGAACCUCUCGCGAUGAAGACGCGCUCCGCCAACGCGUCGCCACACUCGAUUCCCGCAUCAAAUCCCUCCGAAUCUCCAAACACGACGACAAAUUAGAAGAGGAGUUGGUGCGAGCUAGAUACGUAUUGAGUGAAGGAGACGCAGCGGCAUUUCUUCCAAGCAAAUCUCAUGGGAGAUUUUUGAGGAUGUUUUUGGGACCAAUUAACGUACGGGCAAACAGGAAAGAUGUGCAGUUGAAAGUGAAGGAGGAAUAUAAUAGUUUCAGAGACAGAACAGCAUUUUUGUUCCUCUGUUUGCCGACUCUGCUGCUUGUUCUGAGGUCAUGGAUUUGGGAUGGAUGUCUGCCUGCAUUGCCGGUUCAACUCUAUCAGGCAUGGUUGCUGUAUCUCUACACUGGUCUGGCUUUAAGAGAGAAUAUCUUGAGAGUUAAUGGAAGUGAUAUACGUCCAUGGUGGAUUAAACAUCAUUACUGUGCUAUGGCCAUGGCUCUCAUUAGUCUUACUUGGGACAUAGAGAGGGGAACCGAUUGUGCUCAGAAACAGAGAGGAGUAGAACUGUUCUUGAGAUGGGCUAUCAUGCAAGGAGUUGCAAUGAUGCUUCAGAACAGAUAUCAAAGGCAGAGACUUUAUACACGAAUUGCACUUGGCAAGGCAAGGAGAAUGGAUGUUGUUUGGGGAGAAACUGCUGGAGUGGAGGGUCAGUUACUGCUUCUGUGCCCUGUACUUUUUGUUUUGCAGGGUUUUGAAGCCUACAUCGGGUUUUUGUUGCUUAAAACUGCACUUGCUGGAUUCAGUUCAGAUUGGCAGGUAAUUACAUGUGGAAUACUCCUCAUAAUUAUGGCCGUAGGGAAUUUUGCUAACACGGUGCAGACCCUAGUCACAAAGUCUAGGGUUAAGGCAAAAAUAAAGAGAGGUAAAAGCAGACAAGAUUUGAGUCAGGUCUCUAGUGACAAGAUUUACGAAUAGGAAGAAGACCGGUUCUUAUUUCUCAGAGGCUGUAAUACUGGUACACAUUAGGCGGGCCACUAGCAUGAUUUUCCUCUGCACAUAAUUUUGACCUUUAUGCACGUUGUUCUUAAUCGGAGUUUAUUUUUUUUAUUUCUUUUUUGUGUAUUGUUUUGAUUAUAAUGGAAAAUAAAGCUUGGUCCUUUUUAUAGAUGCUGUACUUGUCCCAGCAUUUAA